AUGUUUGGCGCUACCAAGGACUUCAUUGGCAAACCUGCACCUCCCAACUACGUUGCUGGUCUUGGUCGUGGUGCUACAGGCUUUACAACACGUUCAGAUAUUGGUCCGGCAAGAGAAUCAGGCGACUUUGGAGGGGAUGCUAAACAAGGUGCUGCUGGCAAAGAAGGAGGCGACGAUGACGACGAACGUUUCCAAGAUCCAGAUAAUGAGGUUGGCCUUUUCUCGGGUGCACCGUAUGAAGAGGACGAUGAAGAGGCUGAUCGUGUAUGGGCUAUGAUUGACACCAAAAUGGAUGAACGACGUAAAGCACGACGAGAAGCAAGAGAACGAGAGGAAUUGGCACGCUAUCGACAAGAACGACCCAAGAUUUCACAACAGUUUGCCGACUUGAAACGACAACUUUCUUCUAUUGACGAGGACGAGUGGGCGGCUAUCCCUGAAGUGGGUGAUUUGGUUGGCAAGAACAGAAAGCGCAACAAGAUGCCUGAACGCUAUACGCCAAUGACAGAUACAAUUCUUGCAGCAGCACGAGAUAAGACGGGCUAUGAUACAACACUUAGUGAACAAGAACAAAAGCUUGGUGGUGUCACUACGCCAGCUGAUGGAAUGAUGACCAACUUUCGAGAAAUCGGUCAAGCGAGAGAUAAGGUGUUGGGCUUGAAGUUGGAUCAAGUAUCAGAUUCAGUAUCGGGUCAAACGACAAUCGAUCCAAAGGGUUAUUUGACUGAUCUCAACAGCGUCGUCGUCAAAAGUGAUGCAGAGAUUGGUGAUAUCAAAAAGGCUCGAUUGUUGCUUAAUUCAGUUAUCACGACGAAUCCAAAACACGCUCCUGGAUGGAUUGCAGCAGCAAGAUUGGAAGAAGUUGCUGGUCGACCCGUACAAGCACGCAACAUCAUUGCAAAAGGUUGUGAACAAUGUCCCAAGAGUGAAGAUGCUUGGUUGGAAUCAGCUCGUUUGAAUACUGUGGAAAAUGCAAAGAUCAUCUUGGCAAAUGCUGUGAGACAAUUACCUCAAUCCGUCAAGAUUUGGUUGAAGGCGGUUGACCUGGAAACGGAUCCCAAGGCACAAAAGCGUGUGUUGAGACGUGCUCUCGAAUUCAUUCCUAAUUCGGUGAAGCUAUGGCGAGCAGCUGUCAAUAUGGAGGAGAAUCCCGAUGAUGCAAAGGUGUUGCUUUCGCGUGCAGUGGAAUUGGUCCCUCUCAGUGUCGAAUUAUGGCUUGCUUUGGCUAGAUUGGAAUCCUAUGAGAAUGCACAAAAGGUCCUCAACAAGGCACGUGCAGCCAUUCCUACGAGUCAUGAAAUUUGGAUUGCAGCAGCUCGAUUGGAAGAACAACAUGGGAAACCACACAUGGUGGAUCGUAUUAUUCAAUUGGCAGCACGUGCACUCUCACAAACCGGCACUGUAUUGGAUCGUGAUCAAUGGCUCAAGGAAGCAGAAAAAUGUGAAAAGAAUGGAUCGGUGCUCACAUGUCAAGCCAUUGUGCGAGCAACCAUUGGACUUGGUGUCGAAGAGGAAGAUCAAAAGGCAACAUGGAUGGAAGAUGCCGAGAGUUGUGUUGCACAUGGCUCCAUUGAAACUGCUCGUGCUAUUUAUGCACAUGCUCUCAAGGUGUUCCCUGGCAGAAAGUCGAUUUGGAUGGCUGCAGCUUAUCUCGAGAAAGGACAUGGUACACCACAAAGUUUGGAAGAGCUGUUACAACGUGCCGUGCGUUAUUGUCCCCAAGCUGAAGUGCUAUGGCUUAUGGGUGCCAAAGAGAAAUGGCUCGCUGAUGAUGUCCAAGGUGCUCGUGCUAUUCUUGAAGAGGCUUUCAGAGCAAACCCCAACAGCGAAAAGAUUUGGUUGGCAGCUGUCAAGGUGGAAAGUGAGAGCAACGAGUAUGAGCGAGCACGUAAGCUUUUGGAGUUGGCAAGAAAGGAGUCUGGCACGGAUCGUGUUUGGAUGAAGUCGGCAAUGCUCGAACGACAACUCAAGAACUAUGAUGGCUGUUUGGAGCUUUUGGAAGAAGGAUUACAACGAUACCCUACAUUUGACAAGUUGUGGGCUAUCAAAGGACAAGUUGAAGAUGAAGCACUCAACAACUCCAGCAAGGCACGUGAGACGUACAAUAAGGCUGUCAAGAAUUGUCCCAAGAGCACAUUGUUAUGGAUCUUGUUGGCCAAGCUUGAAGAAAAGAUGGGCAUGGUGACAAAGGCACGUUCAACACUUGAGAAAGCACGAUACACCAAUCCAAAGACUCCUGAAUUAUGGGUGGAAGGUAUUCGCAUUGAAGUACGAGCAAAGAAUCAGAGCGUUGCCAAGUCUAUGUCUGCCAAAGCAUUACAAGAAUGUCCUACAUCAGGUGCUAUUUGGCGUGAAGUGAUUUUCUUGGAAGCACGACCACAGCGUAAGGCAAGAAGUGUGGAUGCCUUGAAAAAGUGCGAGCAUGAUCCUAUCGUUGUUACUACGGUGGCUCUUUUGUUUUGGACUGAUCGCAAGAUCGACAAGGCACGUAAUUGGUUCCAAAAGGCUGUGCAGAUUGACCCAGAUCAAGGAGAUUCUUUUGCAUGGUGGUACAAGUUUGAGCUUCAACAUGGCACUGAAGAACAACAGGAAGCUGUUGUCAAACGUUGUGUGGCAUCAGAACCACGGCACGGUGAGCGAUGGACUGCAGUUGCCAAGGACAUGGCCAAUAUUGGAAAGCGUACAGCUGAUAUCUUAAAGUUGUGUGCAGCACAGCUGGAGCCGAUAAAAUAA